ACUAGGGCGUAAUCUCUUUCAACAUCCUUUUGGUUAAGGGAAUCAUGACAAGGCUUCUUAGUGAAAGCUGAUCCCUUCAUGUCUAAUACUCUCUUAGGACCAUGGCUAUGGAAUCAUGGGAAGCCAAGAUAAUAUCCCUAGCGAUACUGCUGAUACUUACUAUAGUCUUUGGUUUUAUACCCAGAGCUCUCAAAGUAUCGGGAAAUGAGAAAUACAUCAGUGUCGCUAACUGUAUUGCAGGAGGAGUGUUGAUGGGCACGACCCUACUUCACCUGUUACCAGAAGUGAUGGAGGAUGUGGAGAAAGGACUCAAACAGAAUGAUAUAAAGUUGGAUUACCCAAUAGCUACCCUAACUGUGGGGUUGGGUUUCUUGCUGAUUGUUUUUGUGGAGAUGUUAGCUCAUACCAUCCAGGAUUGGAUGGCGACAAGGGACUCUCUAAAAACCUUCUGCUGUAACUCCAACACGGUACAAGAUGAGGAGGGCAACGAAGAGCAGCUUCACAUUCCUGAUAGUUUCGUCGAGGACGAGAUAAACAUUUUUGAUAGUAUGGAGCGUGUGAGACGGUUCACACGUGCAAGUAGCAGGGGUAGUAUGGAGAGGGCUGCAGGGAACAAAGUCAGGACUAGAUCCGCGAGGAAGUACUCCGACUCGGAGAAGAAGCCUCUACUCAACAACUCAGUUCAAAACUCAAGACGAGCUGCUAACGUAUACGUGAACCCGGAAGAGAACGCCGGUCACAGUCACGGUGACACUCACAGUCACGACGGAAUUGCGCACGCGCAUGGUUCCGGACAUGCGCACGACCACGGACCUCCGACUGAGUUCAAAGGCUUUGGCAGUAUACUGCUCCUCUUUGCUUUAUCCGUACACUCAAUACUGGAGGGAAUGGCGGUUGGAUCCGAGAAAGACUGGCUGAUGGUGUUCACUCUGACCGGUGCUCUCUCACUCCACAAAGCUCUCCUUGCCUUCGCUCUCGGUGUGAAGAUUGUUGAAGAAUCACAAAGUCUGGAGACUCAUAUCCGAUCAGUCGCAUUCUUCGCAUUUUCCAGUCCUAUUGGUGUCGCCAUAGGAGUUGGAGUAGAAGUAUCCCACUCCGACAUGGCGGUGAAGACACUAGUUGAGGGGCUGAUACAAGCUGUAGCUACCGGCACAUUCCUUUACAUAGCAUUUGUUGAGAUAGUUACACCUGAACUCAAUAAGCCAGAUCUACCCCCGCUUUUAAAGGUACUAUUCCUCGCGUUAGGGUACGCUAUCAUGUGUGCUGUACAGUUCAUACCAGAAGGGGACGAAAAGAUAAUACCGAACAACAGUACCCUGGAUGUGGGUAUAACAGAACUGAUAACGGGCAUACCGAUAAAUUGAUGGUGACGUCAUAGUAUGAUUGGUGACGUCAUAGUUUUUUGGUGACGACUAAUAAUGUUUCAUGACGUCAUGGAAUGAAUAAUGACGUCAUGAUAUGAGUGAUGACGUAAUAAUAUGAGUGAUGGUGUCACGUAUGAAACAUGACGUCAUAGUAAAUUUGAUUAUUUCUUAAGUGUUUCUUAUCAGAAUUUUGUAAUGAACUUACUAGAUUGGUGAGUAAUAAUUGCCUUACGGCUAAUCCGAUUUCAAAGACUUCGCGAUUUGUAUUCUGUACUGUAGGUUCAGAUUUUCAAAGCCACACAUUUGUUCGCUAAUUUGUACGGAAAUGCUUGAAAUUCGUUUUUCUUGAUCAGUUUAAAACUUUAUUGACUAUGUAGGGGGAAAGAAAGUUUAUGUUUUACAUAAUUUGUUUCAGUGAACUUUAUUAGUUAGUCCGAAUUAUUUAAUUUUAAUUUUUGCUGAAAAUUAUCUCCGUGGUGUUAAUAUCUCAGUAUCUCCGCGGGAUUGUUCAUAUAUUAAGGUAAGCCAUUUCAUAUUUUUUUUCACAUACACUCCGUAAUCAGAAUGUGAGGCAUUUCUAAACCAGCCUCCCACGUAUCAGGAUAACGAUGUUAGUAAGUGUACUUUAAAAACUAUGUGCCAGAUUCAAUUGAAAAAAGCAAACUUUUACUAACGCCGUGUGUCAUUGCGCGUCAGUCAUUGCGCGUCACGACCGACACACGGCGUAAGUUACGCC